AAUUCUUGGUUAAACCCCUCAGGAAAGAGUGUUCAUUGUUCUCUAAGCCUCCGCCAAAUAUGAAUAUGGGGUCAAUGAGUUUCGCUUCAAUCUUCGCCAACGGUUGCCGUAGUCUAAGCUCCCCUGCUCUCCUCGUUCGUACCUUGGGUCUCACUCAUAUCUCUCUUGUUGAUUACUCUAACAAUCUUCUUCCGGUACCUUGGUGUCCCCGGACUCCGACUCCGACUCCAAAUAAAAGAGCAUUUUCAUGUGAAGCUACGAAAACAGAUGUUGCCGAUCUCAAUACCGAUUCUUCUGCAAAUGGCUACCCAAAAUAUGAUCGCUUGCUACCUUGUCCCUCGCACAAUUUACCUCCAAGAGUUGAACAUUUGGUUGUUAGUGAAGGGGGACGUGUUCAGGAUUAUAUAUGUAAAGCUCUGGAUCUUCCUCCUUUGUUUGUUGCAGAUCUCAUCCAUUUUGGAGCUGUAUUUUAUGCCCUGGUAUGUCCAAGGCCUCCUCCAACUGCAACACCAGAGCAAGUAAAGUUAUUCAAGCAAUACACAGCACCUUCAGCUUUGGUAAAUAGAACUUCCAUCAAAGGUAAAACCGUACGAGAAGCUCAGAAAACUUUCCGGAUAACACAUGUAGACCAGUUUGUUGAAACUGGAACAUACUUGCGCGUACACGUGCAUCCAAAGCGUUCUCCAAGGUGCUAUGAAAUUGACUGGAAAUCAAGAAUUAUAGCUGUGGCUGAUUCUUACGUUGUUUUGGACAAACCUGCUGGUACAUCAGUAGGAGGAACCACUGACAACAUUGAGGAAACUUGUGCAACCUUUGCAACUCGUGCCUUGGGAUUAACAAGCCCAUUAAGGACUACACACCAGAUUGACAAUUGUACAGAAGGAUGUGUUGUGUUAGCUAGGACCAAAGAGUAUUGCUCAGUUUUUCAUGGAAAAAUCAGAGAGAAAACGGUCAAGAAGCUUUAUCUUGCUCUUGCUGCUGCUCCUUUACCAGUUGGAAUAAUUACUCACUACAUGCGUCCAAUUAACAUGGCUCCAAGACUUGUCUCAGAAGAGAAAAUUGAAGGGUGGCACAUGUGUAAACUUGAGAUAAUAGAAUGCAGAAAGGUUCCCUGGCCAAGUAGUGCCAUAAAGGAGAAAUAUUGCGUUGAAGAUUGUUAUUGGCCUUCAAAAGAUUAUGCAUAUGAAUGUAAAAUCAACCUUUUGACUGGAAAGACUCAUCAGAUUCGAGCACAGUUAACGGCCUGUGGGGCACCAAUAUUAGGUGAUUCAGCAUACAUGCCAGCUGCACUUGCGGAGAUAACCAGUCCAGGAGUGAACCCAUUUGGAAAGCAUAGGAAAAAUCGGUCAAUCGAGGAUAUAAAAGAAACGGAUAUUACAGAGUGGAUUGCACAACAUGGAAAGGAACCUAGUGUUGGUAUUGGUCUUCAAGCAUGUCAGAUAUCUUGGGAUGAUGGGAAACAUAUGUACGAGGCUGGAAUCCCGUGGUGGAGAUGUUAAGAAGGUUAAAACAGAGGAUAAGGAUUGACUGCAAGAGUGGCAUAAUCUACAUGGUGAAGUCCAAACCUUACUGUAUAUCCAUAUUUCCACUCAAAAUUAUCGAGCAAAGACCAGGCGAAGUAGCCUCUCACAUCUGCUCCAUUUCUAAAUACAGAGAAAACAUGUCAUUAAAAUCCAUUAACACUGACUCAAGAACAGAAAUAAUUGCAGUUAACAGUGGCUACCUCACUGCUUUCAACAGAGCAUCUAAAUAGUCAGCCAUAUAUUUCACUCUGUAGUCAUCAUGUAGAGAUUCUUUGGUAUUGUUAUCAAGAUUGUCAACGAAACCAUAACCUACAAGAGCCACAAUAAUUCUCAUCAGAAUUAUCUCCCUGAACUGAAGAUGAGUACAUAUAUCUUCCAUGUUCAAGUCUAUGCUUACCAUUUUCUGUAAUGAACAUUGGUGUGUUAUUGUAUCUUUUCAUUACAUAAGUAACAAUUUUCUCCA